AUGGAGAAGACCACUCGCCUCCAAGCUCUCCUGGACGAGAGACUUGCGGAACUGAGGCACGAGGAGCACAGCCUCAGAACCAACAUGCAGAAAUGGGUCCUUCUCACCGGAAUGAACGACCACAUCAAGACCCAGAUUCCUGAGGUCAAAGACCCCAUCGACUUGCUCUCUGCUGAAGCCCAGAGUCUGCUCAACGCCAGCAGCCUUGUCAUGCAUCACGACAAGCACUGCGUUCAAGUCCAAGCCAGAAUGAACGCCAACUACAAGAGAAUCUGCGAGAUUUUUGAGGAAGCCCAGGGCGUGCUCGAUCAGUUACAGCUGAUUGACAAAGAUUACCAGAAUUGGGCCAACCUCAAGGGUCUUCUCAGCGGUCUUAACAAGCCUAGAUAUGACUGGGGAAUGAUUAUCAGAAAGCUCGCCUCCAUCAUCCGCCAGCUUGGCUGA